CAAAGCACACAUAGAAUGUUUUUAAAAAUCCACCAAAAACAUUACAUUUAUAUUUCCGUAUUAUUUAUAAUCAUUUCAAACCCUUCACAUGCUGGCAGCCAAUUCCCAUGGCCCUGGAAUUUAUUUCGGAAAAAAGUUGAUCAUUAUGAUCGAGAAAUUGAAAAUAAAGCUAAAUUAAAAACAGACGAAUGGAUUAAAAAAGCUAACUUACCCUGUGAAAUUUAUGAAGUCCAAACAGAAGAUGGAUAUAUUCUGGUUUUGUAUAGAAUUCCAAAGCCGGGACAUCAACCUAUUCUAUUGGUGCAUGGUCUAUUGACAUCUUCGUUAAGUUUUGUAAUGCUUGGAGCUGAGAAUAGUCUAGCUUUUCAGCUUGCUUCAAGUGACUAUGAUGUCUGGCUUAUUAAUACACGAGGCACUGUUCAGAGUCGUAAUCACACUUCUUUGACUCCUCGAAAUCCCUCGUUUUGGAAGUUUAGUUUUCAUGAAAUCGGUAUUUAUGAUCUUUCUGCUACCAUUGAUAAAGUCCGGGAUGUCACAGCAUUUCAUCAACUCAUCUAUAUUGGACAUUCACAGGGAGCCACAGCCCUAUUAGCACUUUGUACUUUACGGCCAGAGUACAAUGAUCGUGUUCUACUCUUUCAAGCUCUGGCACCAAUAGUGCUGCUGAGAAAUUUCGUCAAGUUUUCACCAGAAACAAUCACUCUUGUCAAACGUUUUGUAAAGUCAAAAAUUAAAUCUAAGGCAUUUGAGUCAUUUGCUCAAGGACAAAUUCUGGAGAAAUGUUCAAUAAAUUCAGAAGAAAAUGAAAAGUGUUUGGAACUUGUGUCAGAAAUAUUCGGUGUUGGGCAGUACAAUCAGUCUUUGGACCCAAUAGCCCUUGGGACAGUAACAGCUGGAGGUUCUGUUCAGGAAAUUGAACACUUUCUCCAGAUUUUAAAAUCUGGUGAUUUUGUUUCAUAUGAUCGUGGUUUGGAGGGUAAUCUUGAGUUCUAUCAUCGAGUUGAGCCGGAUGGAUACAAUUUGACAAAAAUUACCAUGCCCAUAAUUUUGCAUUACAGUCGAACUGAUGCAUUGGCCACGGCCAGAGCUGUGCAUGAACUUUAUAAGUACCUGCCAUCUACAGUGGGUGUUUAUGGAGUGCCAGCUGACAAAUUCAAUCAUUUUGAUUUUAUUUGGUCACCAUCUUUACGCAAUUUGCUGAAUACAAAUAUUGUCAGGCUGUGCGAAGAGUUCUUAAAUGGUACUUUAAAAUAUAGAAUUGAAUAAAAGUUUUGAAUUUUCUAUGUGAAUUCAGA